AUGGAGGACAGAAUACAAUUUGAAAUAAACGAGUCGCUCAAGUACUACUUGAGUGAUCCGACUUCCAUCCCAACUCCAGAUGCUCACCCCGAACUACUCGACUGCGAAUCGGAUCCGGAUCAGCUCUCGCCCGCGCUGAUUGACAAUGUUUUGAAUCAGAUCGUGGAUGCCGUGGCUGAAAACCCUGAAGGAUUAACCAAAUCUGUGAUAUUUGAUUCCCUCCAGUUUCUUUUAAAGUGCGCCCCGGUCCCUUCCCAAGUACCCAAUGGAGGCUUUCGUCCAGCUGGAACCGACUCUGAACUUUUAAAUCCUUGCAGAUACACGACCGUCCUCCCCUCGAAAUCCCUCAGUAAGAUUCUCGACCUAGUUGUGUCUGGACUUUCUGUUGAGGCAGAUAUCAUCCAUGGCGACCUCGAAUCCGACGAACAAGAUGCGAUUCAACAACACAAACCACUCCUGGAAAUGUACGGUUUUCUCCUCCAGUGGGCCCUAUCAUCCGUGGAGGUGAAAGCGACCGAGAAGCCUGCGGAAACUGCCCCCGUGCGACGGGGAGGACCUAAAUCCAAAUCCAAAUCAGCCAAGGAUGGACACUGGGAUUGGACCCCUCAAAUACAGAUUUCUAUGGAGACAAUGUGCAAGGUGAUGAAACUCAAAUUAAGCCGGAUCUUUCUGACCACUUCGGAUCGCGAUACUUUCAUUAAUCUGUUUACCCGCACCAUUUACUUGGUACUGGAGAGCGAACAACGAGUUAAAAGCAUGACCAUCCGCAUGCAUGCCUUCAAGGUUCUAUGUAUUGCGGUCAAGCACCACGGCCAUGCAUUCGGUGCCCAAACGUCGAUUGUGCAGAGCUUGACAUAUUUUGAGCAUUUGUCGGAACCUAUGGCUGAGUUUCUCCACAUCCUUGCGGAGCAAUACGAUUAUCCCCAACUUUCAGAUGAAAUCCUUAAGGAGCUCGGCAAUAAAGAAUUCAAUUCGAACGACACUCGGGGACCCAAAUCGGUUUCUGCAUUCAUCAUCAAGCUAUCCGAGCUUGCUCCAAGGUUGAUCAUUAAGCAGAUGACUCUUCUCGCUAAGCAGCUUGACAGUGAAGCUUAUACACUUCGAUGCGCUGUCAUCGAGGUUUGCGGUAACCUCAUCUCUGAUUUGAGCCGACAAGUAGAACCAAGCGAAAAUUACAAAACCCAGAUAAAUGCCUUCUUUGACGUCCUUGAAGAGAGGUUCCUUGACAUCAAUCCCUACUGCCGUUGCCGAGCCAUUCAGGUACUAAUGCGGAUCUGUGACUUGGAGCAAAAAUUCCCCAAGAGACGACAGCGCGCCGCUGAACUAGCUGCAAGGAGCUUGGAAGACAAGAGUAGCAAUGUCCGACGUAAUGCCAUCAAAUUGAUGUCCAAACUCGUUGCGACGCACCCUUUCAGCGUCAUGCAUGGCGGCCAACUCUCACUCAAAGAAUGGACUGAGAGGUUAGAUGGAGUUGACGCCGAAUUGAACGCUCUGCGACCCGCAGAGACCCCGGGAUUCGAAGCAGAAAUGACCCAGGUCGACCCUGAGUUGUUGGAUGAUGCAACCCAGUUGCCCGACGAGGAGAUGCCCGACGAAUCGCCUUCCAAAGCGCCCCGUAUGACAGAGGAGGAGAAGUCUGUUGCUAUACAAAAAGCAGCAGAACAGGCGGCCACAUCUGAGUUGUUGACGAGGCUGCAGCUGACGAGGAAAUACUAUAACGAGGCUCUGCGCUUUAUUGAAGUCCUUCACGAUGGGUCUACCGUGGUCUGCCAGUUGCUCUCAUCUCGGAACAAAAGCGAGGUGAUUGAGGCAAUGGAUUUCUUCGUGGUUCUCGACGCUUACAAGGUUGAGACGGCUCGCACUGGAAUUCGUCGUAUGCUCCGUCUCAUCUGGACUAAGGGUAAUAGCGACGAGGGUAAGGGGGUUCAGACCCAUCUGAUCGAUUGCUACAAAGGGUUGUUUUUUGAUGCGCCGGAUUCUUUCAGCCCCAACGAUGCUGCAAACUACAUCGCGCGUAAUAUGAUCAGUUUGACGUUCGGCUCAACACCCGCAGAACUCACAUGUCUUGAGCAAUUAGUGAGCACUAUGAUGAGGGGCGGACUCAUCUCAGAUGCUGUUAUUGCCAAGCUGUGGCAAGUCUAUAGCAUUCAAAAGAAGGAAAUCUCAAGAACUCAGCGGCGUGGCUCGAUUAUUGUCCUCGGGAUGCUAGCUCUGGCCGAUCCUGAGGUAGUGGUCAAGGAGAUAGAGGCUAUGCUACGCAUUGGACUGAGUGGCCACGGAAGGUCUGACCUUGUGCUUGCCAAAUAUACCUGCAUCGCCUUGCGGCGCAUGGUCCCAGGUCGUCAGGCUAAGUCUAAGGAUAUCGGCAUCGCUAAACUUGCCAACGAUCACGCCGUUUUGACAAAACUGGUUGCCGUUCUUGAAAUUGUUUCCGACAGUAAAGAAUGGUAUGGCGUAGCUGAGCAAGCAAUCAGCGCUAUCUAUGCUCUAUCCAAGCAUCCCGAUGUUCUUUGCUCUGAUAUUCUUCGACGAAAAACUCAAUUCAUCUUUCAGCCUCAACCCCAACAUCCUUCUUCCUACACCAAUGCUAGCGGCGAUGACCAAAUGCAGGUAACUGCAUCAACUGAGACACAGGAACUCAAACAGAGACCUGCAUCAGCAGCCCUCUCGCAACUACUCUUCGUCGUUGGCCAUAUUGCUAUUAAACAAAUUGUACAUCUCGAACUAUGUGAGCUUGACUUCAAGCGCCGCAAGGCCGAGCAAGAGAAGACUAAAACAGCCGAAGCCAUUGCUCAGAAGAAAGCUGACAAUACCGAGGAGGAUGAGCUCGACCUCAUUGGAGGCACCACCGAGGAUGAUUUCCAGGAUGCCAUGGCUCAUAUUCGAGAACGUGAGCUUCUCUAUGGUGAAAAAUCUCUUCUCGCAAAGUUCGGGCCUUUGGUCACCGAGAUUCUUGCCAAUAAUAACUCCUAUCCCGAUCGUGACCUGCAGGCGGCAGCAACAUUAUGCAUGGCUAAGCUCAUGUGCGUGUCUGCCGAAUACUGUGAAAAGAACCUCCCUCUCCUGAUCACCAUCAUGGAGCGAUCUGAAGAUCCGAUCGUACGCAGUAAUGCUGUCAUUGCACUUGGUGACAUGGCUGUCUGUUUCAAUCACCUCAUUGACGAGAACACCGACUUCUUGUACCGCCGUCUUAAUGACGACGAGGUCUCAGUCAAACGUACCUGUCUCAUGACUCUGACCUUCCUCAUCCUUGCCGGUCAAGUCAAGGUCAAGGGUCAACUUGGUGAGAUGGCGAAAUGCUUGGAAGAUGACGACAAGAAAAUUGCAGAUCUGGCACGCAUGUUCUUCACAGAGCUGGCCACAAAGGACAACGCUGUGUACAACCACUUUGUCGAUAUGUUCAGCUUGCUCAGCGCAGAACGGAAUCUGGAGGAGGCUGCUCUGCGUCGCAUCAUCAAAUUCCUGAUCGGAUUUAUUGAGAAGGAGAAACAUGCGCGCCAACUGGCCGACAAGCUUGCUGCUCGACUACCCCGGUGCGAGACAGAGAGACAAUGGAACGAUGUCGCAUAUGCGCUGUCUCUGCUACCGCAUAAGAAUGAGGAUAUUUCGAAAGUUGUAACUGCUGGCUUCACCAAGGUUGUUAGCGCAACAGCAUAA